AACGCCGCUUUUUAUCACACAGUUUAAGAAGCUUAGAUAGACCAUUUUGCAAUAACCAGUUUUAGAGCCACUGUAUUAAUUUUCAAGAAGUUGUACAUUACAAAAAACAACGAAUACGAACGAAAAAGAAAGAAAAAGAAAAGUAAAGCAAUGGCUGACGACGGACGGACUCCGUCGAUUAGUUUUUGUGUUAUGUGAAAGAACAAAAAUCUUUAAUUUAUCUUAUUUAAAAUCGGAUAAAGUCCGAUAAAUUAAAUGUAUUCAACUAUAAUAGCAUUAUAGCCUUGAUUAAGAAAAUGGAUAAUAUACAAUUAUCGAAUGAAAAUGUUGUGGUUCCAGAAUUAUACUUUCUGAUAUCAAAAUUUCUCGCAGCUGGACCCCUUAAGGAAACUGCAAAGGUCCUUGUAAAGGAACUCGAACAGAAAAAGGUUCUACCACGACGCACCGAUUGGCUGGGUAACGAACAUGACCAAUCCUUUGAUGAGUUGGAAAGUAAAUAUUCUCAUAUCGGAGCCAAUCAUUUGCUUGAAAUAUGUGCACGCAUCGGACCUAUUCUUGACAAUGAGCUUACACCAGCCGUUCCUGGUAUCGUGUCUCUGCUCGGCAGUGGACGGCAGAGCUUGAUGAGAACAAAAGAAAGUAUCUACAAACCUAGAUCUUUGGUAGAUUAUUGUUCUAGAGUUCAUGGAGUGUCUUUGCCCGACUCCGCCGUUACCAAGCCAAUUCAUAAUAUAGAAAAAGUUCUCAUUGGCCGAGAAUAUGGUGGACCAGUUAGAAGAAAACUUGUUAUACCAACAAGUCUGUACGGGAAAACCCGUCUAUUGCGCCGCACUGUUGGUCAUUUGUCGUCUGUUUAUUGCGUCCUUUUUGAUCGCACUGGUCAAUACAUUAUUACCGGAGCUGACGAUCUUCUCAUUAAAAUAUGGAGUGCAAUAGAUGGCAGACUUCUAGCUACUCUGCGUGGAGCCUCAGCAGAGAUAACCGAUAUUGCAAUCAACUUGGAUAACACAAUGUUAGCUGCAGGCUCUCUUGAUCGUAUUCUUCGAGUAUGGGACCUUCAAACAACAUCUCCCAUUGCAGUACUUUCAGGGCACACAGGAAUGAUAACAUCAGUGAAUUUUUGUCCUUCACCUCGAGGUGAUUUAAAGUACUUAGUGACAACCAGUACUGAUGGUUCAAUUGCUUUUUGGCAAUACACAACUCCUCGAGCUGGAAAGACAAUCUUUGCUCCUAAACCAAUACAAUAUCAUGAAAAAUUGCGCCCAGGACAGGCUCAAAUGAUGUGUACAUCGUUUUCGCCUGGAGGAAUGUUUCUGGCUGCUGGAUCUGCAGAUCAUCAUGCAAGAGUGUACAUCAUGUCCGAAGAUGGUCCCAAAAGGAUACUUGAAACUGAAGCAUACACUGACGCCGUUGAUUCCGUGCAGUGGGCCCAUCGAGGACUAAAGUUUAUAUCUGGUAGUAAGGAUGGAACUGCACACGUUUGGACUUUUGAAUCUCAACAGUGGAAGAGCUUAAAAUUGAACAUGACUGAGCGACUACCAACCUGUCCAGAACCAGAGGAGGGCAAAAAAUUGAAGGUAACAAUGGUUGCAUGGGAUUAUUCUGAUAAAUACGUUAUAACAGCCGUUAAUGAUUUUACUAUCAAAAUUUGGCAUGCCAAAACAGGCAAGCUGCAUUGUGUUCUACGGGGUCACAAAGACGAGCUGUAUGUUUUGGAAUCAAAUCCAAAGGAUGAAUAUGUCUUGUUGUCCGCAGGCCAUGAUGGCCAAGUUUUUCUCUGGGACAUAGAACAAGGAAUUUCCGUUGCACAUUUCGUAAACAACAUCGACGGGCAAGGGCAUGGUGGUGUGUUCGACGCUAAAUGGUCACCGGAUGGUACUAUGAUUGCGGCAACAGAUUCCCAUGGGCACAUACUUAUCUUUGGAUUGGGAAUAGGCCCGGAUAGAUUUAAAAAUCUACCAACUGAGCUAUUUUUCCACACUGAUUAUCGACCACUUCUAAGAGACACACAACAUUAUGUAGUUGAUGAACAGACACAAAUAAUGCCUCAUCUUAUGCCGCCGCCAUUCUUGGUUGAUGUUGAUGGAAAUCCUCACCCACCAUCAUAUCAAAGACUUGUUCCAGGUAGGGAAAACUGUCCCACGGAACAAUUGGUACCCAACAUAACAAUGGGCAUGGAAGGAGUUGAAAUUGAUGACAAUGGAGGUUAUUCACAUAUCGAUCGCCUUAUAGAAGCUUUAGCAAACCGGCAAGGAGCAGAUCCCGUCCCAGAUUCAAAUAAUGAACGUAAUCGAAAUAACAGUUUUAAUAAUGGUAGUGGAAAUUCUCCUCGAGGAGCUGGUUCAAUAGGGCGAGCUAUGGUGGCUGCACGACGCACUGGUGAUGUAGAAGGAGUGCGCCAAAGUAGUGGCAACUGGCAAAGAGAAACAAACUUUAAAUUCAUACGUCGUAUUUAUGUACGCCCGAUGAGAUAUUCGCAAACACAAAACCUACGACAAACAGUCUAUGCAGCAGGACAAUAUGAAAUGGAUCAAUAUAAACGCGAAAUGCGACGACGUCCGAUAAUGAUCAAUACAUUAAAUGCUAACACAGCCAUGCAAGCAUCAAAUCGUCAACGUGGAAUUCGAAGUGCUCGUCGUGGACCGCGCCCUGCUUAUAGAACCAGAGCUGCGAGAGGUCAAGAACAUGUGGAAGAACCACCUGAAGAGGAAGAAGAAGAAGAAGAUAGCAGCAACUCAUCCGGAGAUACCAGUUACUCGAACGUGGAAGAAAAUCUUAGUGAAGAGGAGGACUCAUCCACUACUGAUUCUGAAUCAUCUGAUUAUUCUGAUUGGGUUGCAGACAAACCAGGGCCAAACUUGGAGCCACCAAAGAGAUCGAAACGAAAACCAGUGGCACGAAGAAGUUCAUCUUGCAGCAGUGAUGAUACAUCACACCCUAAUACAUCGGCAAUUGCAUCAAAGAAUCGUCGCAAACGUCCAGUUUUACCGGAAAAUAUUUCUGGAGAAAUUCCCGAAGCUUAUAAGCCUCCUGAAUGGCUUUCAGAGGUAAUACCCCGGAAAACUCCAUACUAUCCGCAAAUGGGGGAUGAAGUAGUCUACUUCCGACAAGGUCAUCAGCGUUACUUGGAUAAUGUGCGAUCUAAAAAAACUUAUAAGGUCACUCAUAGCUCUGAGCCGUGGAAUUUCCGGGAAUUGCGAGAACAUGAAAUGGUGCGGGUUAUUGGAAUAAAAUAUGAAAUUAAGCCCCCUAGACUUUGUUGCCUCAAAUUAGCAAUGUUAAAUGAAGAAGGAAAUAUGUCUGGCAUGAGUUUUAAAAUAAAAUAUCACGAUAUGCCAGAUGUGUUGGACUUUUUAGUGCUGCGACAAACAUUUGAUUUAGCAGUACAACGGAACUGGGGAAUAGGAGAUAGAUUCAGAUGUAUGAUUGGAGAUGGAUGGUGGAUGGGUCAAAUUGAAUCACGUCAUCUUCUUUCACCCGAAUAUCCAAGCUCGUACUUUAUGUGUUUUCGAGUGAGAUGGGACAACGGAGAGUAUGAGUAUAUGAGUCCAUGGGAUAUGGAACCAAUCGAUGAGAAUCGUUUGCCUGAUGAGGUGGGUGGAGCAGUGUCAGUUUUACCAGAAGAAAUUCGUGCUACACUUUAUCAACCAAAAUCAGAAGAAUGGCAUCGAGGUGACAGAGAUGGAUCAUGUCGAAGAAUAAUUAAUGGCUUAGAACAAGUUAUGCGUCUUUCCAUUGCUGAGCCUUUCCUAGCCCCCGUUGACCUUAACAUUUACCCAAAUUAUGCUUAUUUAAUCGAGUAUCCUAUUGAUCUUACAACAAUUAAAGCUAGGUUUGAAAAUCAUUUUUAUCGGCGCAUCACAUCUGCACAGUUUGAUGUAAGGUACCUUGCAACAAAUGCCGAAAAAUUCAACAGGAAGCACACGACUAUUGUACGGCAUGCUAGAAUAAUAACAGAUUUAUGUCUACGAAUUAUUAGGGAACAAAAUGAUAUUGAUGUUGCACCUGUAUAUCACCAAUUGGUUGACAUAUAUGUUUCCUCGGAGUCAGAGAAUGAUAACAAUGAAAAUGAGCCGGGACCUUCGACAAGUACUGCAGGCCUUUCCAAUUCGGCAUCCCGCAGAAGCAACGGAGGCAGUACAAGAAACCUCCGCAAUCGUGGUGAUGAUUCUUGGCAAGUUAAUUGUAGAAAACUAUUAGAUAUGAUGUGGGUCAGACCAGACUCAACUCCUUUCCGUGAGCCAGUUGAUACAAUGCAAUUUCCAGACUACUUGCAAAUUAUUGAUACACCGAUGGACUUGCGUACUGUUAAAGAAGACUUACUUGGUGGAAAUUAUGAAGAUCCCUUAGAUUUUGCAAAAGACGUUCGACUGAUAUUCCAAAACUCUAAGAACUACAAUACAAAUAAGAGGUCUCGCAUUUAUUCAAUGACUCUUCGUCUGAGUGCUCUUUUCGAAUCACACAUCAAACCGGUAAUUUCGAGUUGGAAGGCAGCUCGAAGACGUUUGAACAAAUCUAUAAAUAAACGAACGCCUCCUGACCGAAGUCGGAAUCGUUCAGGUCCUUCACGUCGAGCAAAAACAACUAAUGGAGGUCGAACAAACAAUCGUCAUCAAAGUUCCGAUGAUGAAGACGCUGAUGGAGAAACAACGCAACGUAAUCGUUCAACGGCAAAUGGUGUACAACAUCGUAGCAGUAAUCGUAACAGAUUACCAAGAAAUGCUUCCGGUUCUCAUGGAACGUCAGCGUUUAGCUCGAAUAGGGUCACAUCAUCCAAUCAAACAGAAUCACUGCCGGGUCCAAGUGGCCACAACUUACGACGUAAUGCAUCUCGCCCGAAUAGCCAAGAUGUUGACGGGCAGAGCUCAGACGAAUCCAGCUCUAUGACUAGUAGUUCAUCAUCUUCUGAGGACGAUACCGAUAGUCACGAUCAUAAUCAAGGUGGGGAAAGCAAAUUGCGAACACCUAAAAAAGGUGGUAGUGCAGGUGGGUCUGGGGCUUGCAAUCGUAACAGGGGCAACGAUUCUGAGGACAGCUAUAAGCCUAAUGAACGACGCUCGAGUAAUAAACGAAAAGCGACGAAACAGAAACGAGAAGCUAAAAGUAGACGGACAAUUGUUUCAGAUGAUGACGAAGAUGAUGGUGAUGUAGUUAAAAGCCGUGGGCGAAAUAAAACGACAUCAAAACAAGCGGAACCGAGUGGUACAAGUCCAAGUAAAAGGAACUAUCGUAGAAAGGUCAACACAUCAGAAGAAAAUGAUGACCAGAACUCUGCUGAUGCCGAUGAACCAUCCGGAUCACAUCAGCAGCAGACACCAAAGAAAAGAACAGGUCGACCUAUAAGAAUUUCACAACAACCAUCGACAUCAGCAGCAGCAAUAGCAGCUGUUUCUGCUUCUGUUGAAAAUGAAAGCCCUUCUAGAGCUACUCGAAUAAGUAACCGCCGCUCGGCCGCUGAAACAGAUCAUAGCUAUCAUCUACCUGUUCGAAAUUUGCGCAAUGUAGCUCUAGAUUCGGAGACUGAUCAGGAAGUUGCACGUCCCACAAGGCAAAGUGCCAGGAGAGCACUUAUGGAAUGGGCACGUGGUAGUGCUGAAGAAGAUGAAGAAAUCGAUUGCGAGCAGGAGGGAGAAAAUAUUCCUACACGAUCAAGUGUAAGUUCACGCGUCAUUAAAAAAACAUCGGAUUCAAGUCAGGAUGCAAGUGGUGUCAUAGUAAAUGGGGGAAGUUUGAAUAUGCCCUCAACAAGUCGCGCAGCAGUUCCGACAACUACCCGCCAGUUAAGAACAAAUCGCAACACAAAUGUCGUUUCAGAUGACGAUGAAAGUGAUAACCAACCGCUUGCAUCAAGCCAAAACAGUCAAAGGCAGCGUUUAGAUGACAUUCAAGACAGACCUUACACUAGAAAUCUGAGGCCCCAAAACACAACGCACCUCCGCAACACCCGUUCUCACACUACAAACCAGGACGCAAUACCAUCGUCAUCCUCAAAUCAUUCGCGUUCUACUGCCAACAUUUCACACCAGGUACAAAUUGAUCAUAAUUACGGUGAACCAGGGCCUUCAACAAUUCGUAACACCCGUCGAGUUCUUUCUCGUCAUCAGCGCAAUGCCGAUGAACUUGAUCUUGUAGAGGAUCCACUAGAAAUGUCAAGUAUUAUCGGAAAUGUGUCUUCUCGUCUAAGAAUGCGCAAUAAUGUGAAUAGCACAACACCACAAGACCUGCCAAUUGUAGUAGUAGAUCCUAGACGUAGAAGACCGCGAUACAUUCAAGAAACUAGUGCAACAGACCAAGAAAAUGAAGAGGACGAAGAAGUAGACGAAGAAGAGGAUGAUGAUUCGGGAGGUUCUGAUGAGGGCACUGAUGGUGGAUCUAAGGAUUCCGACUCUGAUGAUAAUCAACCACUCACAUCUUUUGUUCCAACACGAAAUACUCGACCACCAAACAGGCGCUCAACAGCAACAUCAGCAAGUAAUAGUAGAAAUAUCCGCCAUAUACCCCAACGUAGAAAACGAAAUCUUAAUUCCGAUGACGAUGAUGAUGACCCUGGCUUUGAUGAUGACGAUGAUGAUUACCAAGCUGGAUCACAACAACGAGGAUCAAGAAGUACUCGAAAUCAAAAAAGACCCCGCUACAAUGAAGAAUCCGAUGACACUGCUGAUAAUCGUAUGCGUCGAAGAGUUCCACUCAGACAUGCCAAUGGAAACAUGGUAGCCACUGCAACAGAGAGCAACGAAGAACAAACUGAUACCGAUAAUAAUGAGGCUUUAGUGAGCGUUAGUAGUAGAGGUCGAGUCCGAAAGAUUUCUGCCAAGGCCAGGGGAAUUUUUAGGGACUAGCAAUCACCUCCGCGGUCGUCCAUAGCCGCCCGCCGUCUCGUUGCACCUACUUAUGUUGUGAGUGAUUCAGCUGACAGUAAUAACAGUGCAAGUGCAAGAAAUUUGUUCUUGCAUUUCUAUUGAUUAAAACAGCACGAACCAUUUCAUUCCACCGAUUAUUUUUUCUUGGAUAUGUUUAAUGUCAUUUAUUUUGUAAAACAAUUAUUGUAGUGAUAGAUGUUAGCAUUUUCAUCAUCAAACAUGUUGCUUGCGUAUUUAUCCUUAAUCUGUUAAAGAUUUCUUAAAAGUAUCUUGAAAUAUUUUUUUUUUUGUAAUAUGAAAUGUGUAGAAAUUAAUUUAUGUUUAUAUAAAUACAACUUAUAUUUGGCUUUAAGCAACAAAAUGGGAUACAAAAUUCUAUAAUUUAUUUGUUUAAAUUAAAAUCGUUUAUUUAAAUUUAAAUUUCUGAGAAAAAAAAACAGCUCUUAGUUAGAAAUUUAAAAAGAAUAAAAUUUGUUCCACGUGAAAUUUUAUAGAGCAAAUCAUCACUUUGAUUACAAAAAGAGAGGAUAAGUGAAGGAAAAUUGUUUUUAAUUUUUUCUCUGUGGAUAUGAUAGCCAUUCAAUAAGUAAAUAUAAUUACCAGUGACAUUAAUGUUGUCAUUAUAAAUAUGGUUAUGUUAUAAACAAUAAAAAUAACUUAAUACAAAAAAAAAACAUUUUCUAAGCUAAAGUAAAUAAAGUAUUGCAGAUUGUAUGUUUUAUUUUGA